AAUUUGGUCGACUUAGCCGGAAGUGAGCGACAGUCGAAAACUGGUGCUUUGGGUGAGCGCUUCAAGGAAGCCACCAAAAUCAAUCUCUCGUUAUCGGCCCUCGGCAACGUCAUAUCGGCUUUGGUGGAUGGCAAAAGUUGUCAUGUGCCGUAUAGAGACUCAAAACUUACUCGUCUUUUGCAGGAUUCAUUAGGCGGCAAUUCAAGAACCGUUAUGGUCGCAAACAUCGGACCAGCAUCGUAUAAUUACGAGGAGACGUUGGGUACACUCAGAUACGCGAAUCGAGCGAAGAAUAUCAAGAAUGUUCCACGCAUCAAUGAAGAUCCCAAAGAUGCACUUCUUCGUGAAUUUCAGGAUGAAAUCGCACGUUUGCGUAGCAUUCUCGAAAAACGUGGCUCGAGUGGGAAGCAUAAAAAGAGAGAGAAGAAAAUCCGAAUUGGUCCGGAAGGUGAGAGUAUCACCGAAGAAACUGAUGAAGACGGUGAUUCGGUAUCUCCAGAAGACUAUCUGAAAGAGCAACAAACACUUCUGGAAGCUGAAAAGCAGGCAAUAAUUGCGAAUUCGAACAUUAUUGCUGAGUGUGAAGAGGAAUUUGAUACGGUCGAGAAACUUGUAAGUUGA